CAAGCACCAACUUCCUGCCAGCAGUCGUGUGAACCAGUCACCUGAGCGACCGGAUUCCAUCGACUCGCAGAUUAUAUCGCUCAAAAUGGCCUCGCAGGUUUCCGUGCCCAGUCCGGCUACAAAACCGAAGAUCGACCUGUCGAAAAAGCUCUCAGAACUCCGCGCGAGUAGAGGCAAGUCUCAAACGGCUUCCUCCCGGGAGCCUGCACCAGCCACCCCGCCUCUCCCUAGCCCCCCGGAUCUCGCUUCCCAUCAUUAUGCACGUCCAGUGCGUCGGAUCUUAUCGAAACAAGACCACGAGCUAUUCCUCUCUUCUUCGACCCAUACCUUAAUCCUUGCGUUCAUUUUCGGCCUCUCCGAUUCGGUGCGGGGACGGGCAACCACGGACGUCAGCAGUCCUUCCCCCAUCAUCACCAAGAUUCAGUCUGUUGUACACCAAAUCCGAUUACUCCUCGAUAAGCAUCCGUCUCUCGAUCAAGGUGGCUCGCGGUUCGGUAACCCGGCCUUUCGCGACCUUUUCGACGAUGUCGCGGCACAAAGCGCAGCAUGGCAUAGGGAUAUACUCGGGUUCCAGGAUCAAGCUCUCAUAGAGGAAGCGUCAACAUAUCUGAUCCACUCACUCGGAUCGCGCGACCGGCUUGAUUACGGCUCCGGGCAUGAAUUAAACUUCAUGAUGUGGUUGCUGUGCCUACGUCAGGUGCACAUAUUCUCCGCCACAGAUUUCCCCGCGAUCGUUUUCUACGUAUACACUAGCUACAUGCAUCUCAUGCGCGAUAUCCAAACAACCUACUACCUGGAACCCGCGGGGUCACACGGAGUCUGGGGUCUCGACGAUUAUCAUUUCCUUCCGUUCCUUUUCGGCGCCUCGCAGCUCGUUGCGCACCCGUACAUCACGCCACUCUCUAUUCACAAUAUGGCGGUGCUUGAGGAAGAAAGUGACAAGUAUAUCUAUUUAGAUCAGGUGCGGUGGGUGGAUAGUGUGAAGACAGUGAAGGGAUUGCGGUGGCACAGUCCCAUGCUGGAUGACAUAUCAGGAGCCAAGAACUGGACCAAGAUCGAGGGCGGCAUGAAAAAGAUGUUCGCCAAGGAGGUGCUGGGCAAGCUACCCAUCAUGCAGCAUUUCCUAUUCGGAAGCUUGCUACCGGCGGCCCCUGGUAUGAGGGAGAUCACGGACGACAUGGAAGAGGAGGAACACGACCACGAGCAUGGCCAUGACCACGACCAUACUAGUCACACGGACUACUUCGGGGACUGCUGUGGCAUCAAGGUCCCAAGUACCAUCGCAGCGGGUGCUGAAAUGCGGAAGCGCGGUGGAGGAUCUGGACUACGGCCGAUUCCAUUCGAUUAAAGUGCAUACGUUACUGGAAUUUUUUUCGGUUGGGACACAAUGGAUGAAAUGGAUUAAGAACGCCCAUCACAUACAAUGAUAAUAACGAGCAGGACCUUUGGAAUCCUGAAAAUUUUCAACAAUCUUUGCAGCAUUUGCAGUAAAUCACAAAGCGGAUUCCAUAUACUACUAGUAUACAUCCCGUCCCAACGCCUUGACCGGAUAACCAAACAAACCCAUACACCCUGAAACGUAGCCAAAUAAUCAAAAAUAGAAUUCAAG